AUGUUAAUUGAAGACAGUUUCAAAGAUAUUGCGACAUCCUACGAUACCACGUUAAGAUGUUAUAUAAUCAAACCUAAAUUAAAAAAUUAUCCUCAUGCAAAGUUCCCAGCUGUCAUUGUAUACAGUGAAAUUUAUCAAGUGACUGGACCAGUUCGUAGAUUAGGUCAAAGGAUCGCUUCUAAGGGGUUUAUUGUUGUUAUGCCUGCUAUUUAUCAUAAUUUUGUUGGUCCGGAGGCGUUGAAUUAUGAUGUCGAGGGGACAGAUAUGGGUAAUGAGUUUAAGAUUAAGAAACCUUUGAAAUCGUAUGAUGAAGAUAAUAAAUUAUGCUGUGAUUUGAUUUAUUCGAUGAAUGAAUUUAAUGGAAGAGGUAUUGGUGUUACUGGGAUGUGUCUUGGUGGUCAUUUAGCCUUUAGAGGAUUAUUAGAUAAGAGAAUUUCUUGUGCUACUUGCUUUUUCCCCACUGAUAUUCAUUUGAAAAGUUUAGGAUUAGGUAAGAAUGAUGAUUCUUUAGCGAGAGUUUCGCAAGAGAUUGGCAAGGAUCAAGAAAUGAUUUUAAUAUUUGGUACUUUAGAUACUCAUGUUUCACCUGAAGGAAGAGAUUUAAUCAGACAGACGUUAAGAGAUCGUAGUGUCAAUUUCACCUUUUUAGAAGUGCUUGACGCUCAACAUGCCUUUAUUAGAGAUGAAUCAAGUAAAGGCAGAUAUGAUGCAGAUAUUACAGAAGCAUGUUUAGGAUUGAUGUUUGAACAGUUCAAUAGAAGAUUAAAGAAUGAGUUGGGUGCAUUUGUUAGUGAUAAUAGUGCUAUUGAACAUGUUUGCUAA